CGGCACGGACGUUCCCGGCUCUCCCCGUCGUCGCCGCUUUCCGUUAGGAACCCGGCGAGGAAAUACAUGUCCUCGCUGAGACUCGCCCGCGCCGGGGCGCAGCGCCACAAGGUGUAAGGAGUGUGCGGGGUGGGGCGACAGGGGCCCCCGAGGUCCCCGCCGUCCGUUCUUCACCCCUGUCAUCCCCGCCCCGACCAUGGUAGUGUUCAAUGGCCUGCUGAAGAUCAAAAUCUGCGAGGCCGUGAGCUUGAAGCCCACAGCCUGGUCGCUGCGCCAUGCGGUGGGACCCCGGCCGCAGACUUUCCUGCUCGACCCCUACAUCGCCCUCAACGUGGACGACUCGCGCAUCGGCCAGACAGCCACCAAACAGAAGACCAACAGCCCGGCCUGGCACGACGAAUUCGUCACUGAUGUGUGCAAUGGGCGCAAGAUCGAGCUGGCCGUCUUUCACGAUGCCCCCAUCGGCUACGACGACUUCGUGGCCAACUGCACCAUCCAGUUCGAGGAGCUGCUGCAGAACGGGAGCCGCCACUUCGAGGACUGGAUUGACCUGGAGCCAGAAGGAAAAGUGUAUGUGAUCAUCGAUCUUUCAGGAUCGUCGGGUGAAGCACCUAAAGACAAUGAAGAGCGCGUGUUCCGGGAGCGCAUGCGGCCGAGGAAGCGGCAGGGGGCGGUCAGGCGCAGGGUCCACCAGGUCAACGGCCACAAGUUCAUGGCCACCUACCUUCGGCAGCCCACCUACUGCUCCCACUGCAGAGACUUCAUCUGGGGUGUCAUAGGAAAGCAGGGAUACCAGUGUCAAGUUUGCACCUGUGUCGUCCACAAGCGGUGCCAUGAGCUCAUCAUCACGAAGUGUGCUGGGUUAAAGAAACAAGAAACCCCCGAUGAGGUGGGCUCGCAGCGGUUCAGCGUCAACAUGCCCCACAAGUUCGGCAUCCACAACUACAAGGUCCCCACCUUCUGUGACCACUGCGGGUCCUUGCUCUGGGGCCUCUUGCGGCAGGGCUUGCAGUGUAAAGUCUGCAAAAUGAAUGUUCACCGUCGAUGUGAGACCAACGUGGCUCCCAACUGCGGAGUAGAUGCCAGAGGAAUCGCCAAAGUGCUGGCCGACCUGGGGGUCACUCCGGACAAAAUCACCAACAGUGGCCAGAGGAGGAAAAAGCUCAUCGCUGGUGCCGAGUCCCCACAGCCCACGUCUGGAAGCUCACCGUCCGAGGAAGAUCGGUCCAAGUCAGCACCCACCUCCCCCUGUGACCAGGAAUUAAAAGAACUUGAAAACAACAUCCGGAAGGCCUUGUCAUUUGACAACCGAGGGGAGGAACACCGGGCAGCAUCAUCCACCGACGGCCAGCUGGGGAGCCCCGAGAACGGUGAAGUGCGGCAAGGCCAGGCCAAGCGCUUGGGUCUGGAUGAGUUCAACUUCAUCAAGGUUUUGGGCAAAGGCAGCUUUGGCAAGGUCAUGCUGGCCGAGCUCAAGGGCAAAGAUGAAGUGUAUGCCGUGAAGGUCUUAAAGAAGGACGUCAUCCUCCAGGACGACGACGUGGACUGCACCAUGACGGAGAAGAGGAUCUUGGCUCUGGCGCGGAAGCACCCGUACCUAACCCAACUCUACUGCUGCUUUCAGACCAAGGACCGGCUGUUCUUCGUCAUGGAAUACGUCAACGGUGGGGACCUCAUGUUCCAGAUCCAGCGCUCCCGAAAAUUCGACGAGCCUCGUUCCCGGUUCUACGCUGCAGAGGUGACGUCAGCCCUCAUGUUCCUGCACCAACAUGGCGUCAUCUACAGGGAUUUGAAACUGGACAACAUCCUUCUGGAUGCUGAAGGGCACUGCAAGCUGGCCGACUUCGGGAUGUGCAAGGAAGGGAUUCUCAAUGGCGUGACCACCACCACCUUCUGUGGCACCCCUGACUACAUAGCUCCGGAGAUCCUGCAGGAGCUGGAAUAUGGCCCAUCGGUGGAUUGGUGGGCCCUAGGGGUGUUAAUGUACGAGAUGAUGGCUGGGCAGCCCCCGUUUGAGGCGGACAAUGAGGACGACCUGUUUGAGUCCAUCCUGCACGACGAUGUGUUGUACCCCGUCUGGCUCAGCAAGGAGGCCGUCAGCAUCCUGAAAGCUUUCAUGACCAAGAACCCCCACAAGCGCCUGGGCUGUGUGGCGGCCCAGAACGGCGAGGACGCCAUCAAACAGCACCCCUUCUUCAAGGAGAUCGACUGGGUGCUGCUGGAGCAGAAAAAAAUCAAACCACCAUUUAAGCCGCGAAUUAAAACCAAAAGAGACGUCAACAACUUUGACCAAGACUUCACGCGGGAAGAGCCGGUCCUCACGCUGGUGGACGAAGCCAUCGUGAAGCAGAUCAACCAGGAAGAAUUCAAAGGCUUCUCCUACUUCGGGGAAGACCUGAUGCCCUGAGGGCCGCCCCAGCUGGAGUUUGCUGUGCUGCAGGAAGAAGCCCCCAGAAGAUCCCUGUGUUCCAGAGGCUUGGAAGGUCUCAAACUGCUUCUCCUCCCUGGAGUCCCGGCCCCGUGUCCACUCUCUAUUUAUUGCAUUCCCUUCCCCGGCCACCCCUCCCUGUCCACCUGGUGACCAGAAGGAACUCUUGGCACUUGUCUCUGCAGCCAUGCCUACUCACAGUGGGUCAGCACUUGGCCGUGCACACUGCCGCGUGCGACUGUUGCCAAGCCUGGGGCCGCACCUUGGGGGCUCCUGGUGGUAAAAAGCAACUUCCGUUCUUUGACCACAAAGAAGAAGAAGAAAG